AUGUCUUCUCUUAUACUAAGUCAUAAAGAACGAGCUGAAGCACUUUUCACUGCGUUGAUGAAUAGCUUAGGAAUAAAAGGUGCCAAAGCAACGGAGGUAUUUGUUCUUGACCAACAAGAUAACUUUGAUGAUAUUGGAGAAAUUUAUGGUUUUGUGUUCCUUUUUAAGAUGAAUGAAACCAAAGGAGGAUUAUUAAAUGAUAAUGUUGAUUAUGAUGAAGAAUUCCUUGAAGAUUAUCCACCCAAUGUUUAUUUUGCUAAUCAGGUUGUUGAUAAUGCUUGUGCCACAUUAGCAGUAUUAAAUAUUGCUUUGAAUUGUCCUCAAUUAGAGAUUGAACAAGAAUUAAAAGAAUUUAAGGAAUUCACUUGGGAUCUCCCUCCAGCUACACGAGGCUUUUCAAUUACAACUCAUCCUAAUUUUCGCCAAAUUCAUAAUUCAAUGGCAAGACAUCCCGAAGAUUCAUUGAUUAUAGAAGAAGAAGACAAUAAGAAAAAAAAAGAUAAUUCUAAUGAAGAGAAAGGAGAAGUUUAUCAUUAUAUUGCAUAUGUUCCCGUAGAUGAAGAGGUCUGGCAAUUGGAUGGUCUUUAUCCUCGAACUUAUACGGAUGAAAAAAUAUGGUAUGAUGCUGCACGGGGUGUUAUAAAUGAACGCAUUGAUAUAUUUCACGCUGAACAAGUUGAAUAUGUUCUCCUUGCUAUCACGAAGGAUCAAAAUAGCAUAUACCUCGAUCGUGUGAAAGAUUGUUUGUAUAUUAAAAAAAUUGCCGAAAAUAGAUUAGAUGAGCUUAGUAAAACUUGGAGAGAGACAAAUGUCGAUGAUAUUGAAGAAACACUUACAGAUGAUGAUGAGUUGAAAUUAUUAAAAAGAGGAAAUGUUGACAUCGAUAUUACAAAUUUAAUGAAAAAUUAUGAUGACGUUGAGAAGAUUGAACGGACAAGAGCUAAGGCGAGAAAUAAAAAUGAAAGAGAAAAAGAAAGAAGGACAUUUGAUUAUGGUCCAUUUAUUAGAGAAUUCAUCUCAAUUCUUCAUGAAAGAGGAGAAUUGAAAGGGUUACUCGCUAAUGCUGAUGAUAUGGAUGAAGGUGAUGAAUGA